AUGGCGCGCAGCAAGGUGCAGCCCACGCAUUACCCGCGUAUCCCUUUCCACUUUCUGCGCAGCGCGCAGCUUCUCGCAGCCACGGUCGUGACCUGUGUCAUGAUAUUUUUCGUCGACCAACUCCACCACGACGGCUACCCCAUCCCGUGGACCUUCCUCUUGCUCCUCACAGUCUCCGUUCUCACCAUUCUCUUUCUGUCCAUGACCCUCGUGCAGCAUUGCUGCUGCGGAUUGAAUCCUCGGUUGAAUUUAUUCUUGAAUGCCGGCCUUCUCGUGAUAUGGACUCUCGGCUUUGCAUUGUUGUCGUGGUGGUCGGCGGGGACGAUGGGCCACGUCUGCAACAAGGCUAACUGGCGCAACGACGACGGCAUCAUGAUAUGUCGCAUCUACAAGGCCUUAUUCGCCUUUUCGCUGCUUGGAUUCGUAUCAACAAUCGCUGCCCUCCUCUUGGAUGUCUACGUCUUCAAGCGAUCAACGCAUCGCGGAAAGUACAACCAGAUGAUGGAUCCGGAUGGGAAACGCGAUGCAUCCGCUGCGCAACAAUCGCCGUGGUCCACCAACAUUGAGGAAGCGUACACCGAGCAGAAACCUUUCAGAGAUGAACCCGUGCCGAAGGCGCAAAAGAACGCAGGAUAUGCGGUCCCAGACGAGCAGUAUACAUACGACGACACCGGAUACUAUGGCGCCCAUAACAACGGCGUGAACAGACACUAUGACGGGCCGCUUCUUUGA